CUGUCAGAAGACAGCAUCUGUCAAAGCCCACAUUUAAACUGCUGCCUGCCUGUGCAGCAGCUGAAGAACUAUGGAAUAGAUUUUAUAAACCAAAACCCUUAGAUAAAAUUCUCAAAACCUUUUCAGUUACUGCCUAGCAACAAAGGAGGAAGGACGGAUGGACGGAAGAGAUAAAUCCCAUUAUUGAAUGCAACUGAACCACUACACUCUAGCACUUGCUGCUUAACAUUAUCGCUAGAAAUAUGGAUACUGAGAAGAGAAUACAGCACUGCAUUGUCCGACAAGGGAAAUGCCAGAUGUAAAAGCUUCAAUGCAUCAAUUGUCAGGAGCAGACAACCCUCCUCGGAACACAAGCAAGAGCUACUGUUCUUUUGUUUGAAAGAUGAACAAAAGACCCCAAGAAAUGGACACUUAUAAGCAAAGAAGGUAACACAGCAACGAGCAGACAGAUGGACAAACUGGAUACCGUGAAAAGCAAUCGCAGGAAGCAGACGUUUGGGGGAUGUGCGCAUGUUCGAUAGCAUCUUUUUUGCUGAAGUGAUGCGUGCCAAAACUAUUUUCAGUGGCAAUAAUCCUCUCAACAUAAAUGUCCUAACCAAGGAAGCAGAGUGACCCUUUUGCAGAGAAUUACUCAACGUGAAUACAACAGAAGAUGAAAACCAAAAAAUAGCAGUGGAUUCAGAAAGAAAGGAAAAAGCAUUUUGUUGAACCAUUAUCUCACAUCUCAUUGUUGGAUACGUACAACAUGCUUCAGUGGAGAAGACGACACUGCUGUUUUGCAAAAAUGACGUGGAAUACCAAAAGGUCUCUGUUUCGCACCCAUCUUAUUGGUCUGCUUUCUCUCGUGUUUCUUUUUGCUAUGUUUCUGUUCUUUAAUCAUCAUGACUGGCUGCCAGGCAAGGCUGGAUUCAAAGAAAAUCCUGUGGCUUACACUAUUCGAGGAUUUAGGUCUACAAAAAGCGAGACAAACCACAGUUCUCUGAGGAACAUUUGGAAGGAUACAGUCCCUCAGACUCUGAGGCCUCAGACAGUCACUAAUUCCAACAACACUGACCUGUCACCACAAGGAGUAACUGGUUUAGAGAAUACACUUAGUGCCAAUGGAAGUAUUUACAAUGAGAAAGGUACUGGACAUCCAACUUCAUAUCAUUUUAAGUAUAUAAUAAAUGAGCCCAAAAAAUGCCAGGAGAAGAGUCCUUUUCUAAUACUACUCAUAGCUGCAGAACCAGGCCAAGUGGAAGCUAGACAAGCUAUUCGGCAAACGUGGGGAAAUGAAAGCUUGGCACCGGGUAUCCAAAUUGUUCGAAUUUUUUUGCUGGGCUUAAGCAUUAAACUAAACGGAUACCUCCAACAUGCCAUACUGGAGGAAAGCAGACAAUACCAUGACGUUAUUCAACAAGAAUAUUUAGACACUUAUUAUAACUUAACCAUUAAAACUCUUAUGGGGAUGAACUGGGUUGCCACCUACUGUCCAAAUGUUCCCUAUGUUAUGAAAACGGACAGUGAUAUGUUUGUCAAUACUGAAUAUUUAAUACAUAAGCUUCUGAAGCCAGAACUGCCUCCAAGGCACAAGUAUUUUACAGGUUACCUAAUGAGAGGGUAUGCACCUAAUAGGAACAAGGAUAGCAAGUGGUAUAUGCCACCUGAUCUGUAUCCAAGUGAGCGUUACCCUGUAUUCUGCUCAGGAACUGGUUAUGUUUUUUCUGGAGAUUUGGCAGAAAAGGUAUUUAAAGUCUCUUUGAGCAUCAGACGCUUGCACUUAGAGGAUGUAUAUGUGGGCAUCUGUCUUGCCAAGUUGCGAAUUGACCCUAUGCCCCCACCCAAUGAGUUCGUCUUCAAUCACUGGCGAGUUUCUUAUUCCAGCUGUAAAUAUAGCCACCUAAUUACCUCCCAUCAGUUCCAGCCUAGUGAACUGAUCAAAUACUGGAAUCACUUACAACAAAAUAAGCACAAUGCCUGUGCCAAUGCAGCAAAAGAAAAAGCUGGCAGGUAUCGCCAUCGUAAACUGCAUUAAAAAAGACAAUACUCCCUCUAUAAAAACUAUCCCAUGUGCAAUUUGUACAUAUUGCUGAAAGCAUGUACAGUGAAAACAGAUGAGCUUAAUGGGACAGUCUUUAGUUAAGCCCUCAUCACAUAAUGGAGUUUGAAAAUUAUUUUUUUAAUUUUAGAAGAGUAUAAUUCUUGAAGAUAGUAAUAUUAUGAAACUAUAACCAAAAGGGUUUCCAAACAAAUUUGAGGAAAAAGAUGGUAUAUAAGGAUUUUUCUGUGUUAAUGUGCAAUAAUAAGCAUGAACACUUUGGUGGUACGAUUGCUAUUUUAUGUGCCAAUAAAAUAUAAUUGAGCAUA